ACACAAAAAAACAAAAUCCUUUUAAAAUUCUCAUUCUAGCUAAAACCUUAAAAGGGCGAGGCUGAGAGAAAAAAAGAGCUAACGAAAAGGUAAAAUAUUUGUGCAAGUUCUUAAGACGCUAGUCCACUCAUAAACCAACCGAAAAAAAAAAUCCUUUUAACAUUAUCCUUCUAGAGGUAAAAUCCUGAAAAGGUGAGACUGAGGGAUGAAGAGGGCUGACAGAAAGAUAAAAUAUUUGUGCAAGUCAUAAGACGCUAGUCUGCUCAUAAACCAACCAAAAAAAAUAAAACCCUUUUAAUAUAUCUUUCUAAAGGUAAAACCCUAAAAGGGAGAGGCUGAGAGAAAAAAAAAUAACAGAAAAAUAAAAUAUUUGUGAAAAAAAGGCGAAAGACGCUAGUCGGCUCAUAAACCAUGGAAGGAAUAGAGCAUAGAAUAGUUGAAGUUAAUGGCAUAAAAAUGCACAUAGCAGAAAAAGGUGAAGGGGAAGUAGUAAUACUUUUACAUGGUUUUCCAGAGUUAUGGUAUACUUGGAGACACCAAAUAAUGGCCUUAGCUUCUAAGGGUUACCAUGCAAUUGCCCCAGAUUUAAGGGGUUAUGGUGAUACUGAAUCCCCAUCUUGUACUUCAAGUUAUUGUUGUUUUCAUUUAGUUGGGGAUAUAAUUGGGCUACUUGAUUUGCUAAAUGUGGGUCAAGUUUAUUUGGUAGCCCAUGAUAUGGGUGCUUUAGUGGGCUGGUAUCUAUGCAUGUUUAGGGCUGAUAGGAUUAAGGCCUUUGUCUCACUUUCUGUCCCUUUUAGGCCCAGGAAUCCUAAGUUGAAGCCUAUUCAGACUCUCAGAGCUGUUUUUGGUGAUGAUUAUUAUAUUUGCAGAUUUCAGGAAGCCGGAGAUAUAGAAGAGGAAAUAGCAGAAAAUGGGGUGAAGCACGUAUUGAAGAAAAUACUGACGUCCAAAGAUCCAGGGGCACCCAAACUACCCAAAGGAAAGGCUUUUGAAGUGUCUCCUGAUAAGCCUUUAACAUUGCCUUCAUGGUUCACCGAACAAGAUCUCAACUACUAUACUUCCAAAUACCAACGAUCUGGCUUCACUGGACCCCUCAAUCACUACCGCAAUUUAGACCGGAACUGGGAGUUAACAGCAGCAUGGCAAGGAAUGGAGAUAAAGGUACCAGCAAAGCUGGUGGUAGGAGAUCUAGACAUGGUUUAUAAUAUGGUUGGAGUAAAGGAAUAUGUGCACCGAGGUGGGUUUAAGAAAGACGUACCUUUGCUUCAAGAUGUGGUGGUUAUGGAAGGUGUUGGACACUUCAUCAACCAAGAGAAAGCUGAGGAUGUUAACCACCAUAUUAUUGAUUUCUUUAACAAAUUUUAGUUUUUUUAUGUAAUAGUUAAUUAUUAAUAAUUCUCAUUUCUCUGCAAUAGUAAUGUUAAUGUUAAUGAAACUGUUUGUAAGGAAUAUGAAUGGGUCGUGAUUGCUAUUAACUCUUAAGUGUUCUAUGUUUAGCUUAGAAUUGGAUUUUGUCUUAGUUAGAGUAUGAAGUAUGACGCUUGUGGAAAAAAACUUAUAUGUUACUGUUUUUUUAACCUUU